UAAUGACUGGGAUCUAUGAGGAUACCUGUACACCGACAACAUGAGCGUAGUUAGUGGAGGUGAGCAGAGCGCCAAGCACCAAGACCAUGAUGAUGGCCCGUUACCAGGAGAUGAUGAAAGGCAGGAGGAGUCGGUACGCCCAGAGGACUCUUCCAGUCAGAUAGCGUCAACGACAAGCACAACGAAGUCGUCACUGGGUAGAACCAGGAGAAGGCUUGUUGCCAAGAUGGCAGCGCUUGAAGCAGAGGCAGCAUGCUUACGAGAGAUACAGGUGAUAGAGCUCGAAGAGUUGAAACUGCGUCAAAGAAAGCAAGAGCUCGCAAUCAAGACCAAGAUGGACAUGGCAAAGGCGGAAGAAAUAGUUUACGCCAUCGAUGGGGACAGUCUUCAGACGACACCCCCAAGUUUGACACCAUCACCAGUACUGAGUGACAAGCAGGAGUCACAGAAGGACAGUUUGCAUGAAGCAGGGGAUGAGCAGACACCCCGGAAGGAGCCAGGUUACUCCCCUGUGGAUAGUCCGUCAAUUACGACACCGAAGAAUGGAGAGCACUCCGCAGACAAGCUCAAGACAGCCCCUAUGGAUGAUGACAACCCAGAAAAGGAAGCCUCGCUGAUGGAAUUGGUAAAAACGGGGCAACAACAGCAGCGAUGCAUGCUGGCAACGAUGCAACUUCCGAGAGCAGAGUUGCCAACCUUCGACGGCAACCCACUGCAAUACUGGACCUUUCUGCGUGCAUUCGAGAACAGUGUAGACAUUGCAGAUAUUGACGACAGUGCCAAGCUAGUAAGGCUUCUGAAAUACUGUACUGGAAAGGCAAGAAAGAUCAUAGAGUGUUGUGCCAUAAUGGCGCCAAGUGUUGGCUACAAGAGGGCCAAGGCACUUCUCCAAGAACGCUUCGGCAGUGAUUAUGUCAUAGCUGAGGCAUGGGUAAAUAAGGUAACCAAAGGUGUACCCUUGGCUUCCCAUGAUAAAGUAGGGCUAAGAGAGUAUGCUGAUGACCUCAAAGUUUGUAAGGAAACAUUGGACACAAUGGGAUAUAUUCAGGAAAUAGGAACCCAAGGUGUAAUGGUAAAACUUGUAGAGAAGCUGCCCGGUUAUUUACGUAAUCGAUGGAUAAAACUUGUAAGGGGGCUUCGGAAGAGUGACAAGUGUCCUAAGAUUGCUGAUUUGGUUGAGUUUGUUGAAGAUGCGGCCCAGGAGGCCAAUGAUCCUGUAUAUAGUAAUUUGCAUGCAAGUACAUAUAAGCCACACAGACCAGAGAUGAGAUCUAGAGUAACCAGACCAGACAAAACUAGCUAUGCAUUGUCAACCAUUAGCAAGAUGAAUGAACAUGUACAUGUAACAUGUGUGAUGUGUAAGGGUAACCAUACACUGUUUGGUUGUUCUGAAUUCAAGGGUAAAACCCCACAAGAGCGGUUUAACUUUGCCAAAGCUGAAAGAUUGUGUUACAAUUGUUUAAGGCCAGGUCAUGUUUCAAGUGCAUGUAGUUUGCAUAGAGUUUGUUCUGUUGCAGGGUGCGGUAAAAGACACACAAAGUUCUUGCAUCCAUUAAAGCAGACACCGUCAUCUGGUGUUGAAGAUGAUAGACCAGCUGGGCCGGAGGCAACAGCGCAAAGUAGCUUCACUGAGACGGAUCAUGGCACAUCUUGCGUCACAGGGGUCGGGGUGUACAGAGUUGCCCUACCUAUCAUUGCAGUGAAGGUCAGUGCAGUAGAUGGCGAUUGUAGCGUUGACACUUAUGCUCUUCUUGACAAUGGUUCAACAAGCAGUUUCUGUACGGAGGAGCUUGCAUGUCGACUGAGCAUCAAAGGUAAAAGGCAAUCCUUGACCCUAACGACAAUGACAAAGGCAAAGGUCAAGACUGAAACAACCGUCGUCAGCUUGGUGGUGAACAGUUUUGACCAACAAGCGGCAGUUAAACUUGAUAAGGUUUAUACACGACACUCACUUCCGAUUAAUGACGACAACAUUGCUGAGCCAGAAGACAUCACGAAAUGGCCACAUCUGCGAGACAUCAGCAUCCCCCAGGUUGAGAAGGGCAAGGUACACCUCUUGAUUGGUCAAGACUCGCCAGAGGCACUCCUUCCAUUGGAAGUGAGAAGUGGUGAAACAAAGGCACCGUAUGCUACCAGAACUCGACUUGGAUGGUCCUUAAAUGGGCCGUUGGGAAUGUCCAUGAGGCCUGCGGUAACGUCAAGCUAUGUGGCAGUUGAUGAUGCUCUUGAGCAACAGCUGCAGAGAUUCUGGAAAUUGGAUGCUGCUGAGUCACUGUAUGACGACGACAAGGGCAUGUCAGUCCAAGACAAGAGAGCAAUUGCAUUGUGGGAGAGCACCGUUUGCAUGAAAGAUGGCCAUUAUGAACUGCCAAUACCGUUCAAGAACAACCCGCCAAGGCUUGCUGACAAUCGAAUGGUCGCAGAGCAACGCCUGACUUCAUUGGGCAGACGUCUAGAGAGGGAUCAUGAGUUGAAGUCACGCUACAUAGAAGGCAUGAAAAACCUGGUUGAUAAUGGAUAUGCUGAGGCACUAGGAGAUGAUUGCGUGACAGAUACGGCCAUAUGGUAUCUACCACAUCACCCGGUACUCGAUUCAGGUAAACAAGGGAAGAUGCGUAUCGUCUUCGACUGUGCAGCUAAACACCAUGGUCAGUCCUUGAACACGCAGACAAUCAGUGGGCCAGACCUGACAAACAAGUUGUUAGGCGUACUCCUUCGCUUCCGACAAGAACAAGUGGCAGUUUUGGCAGACGUUCGUGCCAUGUUCCACCAGGUCAGAGUGUCCCCGGAAUGUCGAGACGUCUUGCGUUACCUUUGGUGGCCUGACGGUGAUACUUCACGUGAACCGGCUGUGCACAGGAUGACUGCACACCCUUUUGGCGGGACAUGGAGUCCCAGUUGCUGUUCCUUUGCCUUACGACAUACCGCCGAGGACAACCGUCACGAAUUCCAACCAGACACAGUCAAUUGCGUCAUGCGCAAUUUCUACGUAGAUGACUGCCUAGUCUCACUUGCAACUGAAGUUGAGGCUAUUCGAGUUUCUAGAGAACUACGAGAACUUCUGUCCAGAGGUGGUUUUCAGUUGACGAAGUGGUUGAGUAACAGCCCUCAAGUUCUUGAGUCAACCCCACAGGAAGAUAGAGCCGUGGGUGUCAGGGGGCUAGACCUGAAUCAUGAAGCGCUACCUACAGAGAGGGCCUUGGGUAUGCAGUGGGACGUCGAGACUGACUGCUUCGGGUAUAAAGUGAGCCAAAGGGAAAAACCCUUGACAAGGAGGGGGUUACUAAGUAUUGUUUCCUCCAUCUAUGACCCGCAUGGAUUUGCGAGUCCCUUCACGCUGUUAGCCAAGAAGAUUGUCCAAGACUUAAGCAGGAAGAAGUUGGGUUGGGACGAAGAGCUACCGUCACAACACAGAGAGGAUUGGCAACGUUGGAAGCAGGACUUGGGAAAGCUCGAACAGCUGCGGAUAAACCGAUGUAUCAAGCCCUAUGGGUACAAGGAUGGCGUCAGUUAUCAGUUGCACCACUUUUCCGACGCGUCUGAGGCAGCUUACGGAGCUGUAACUUACCUUCGUAUGGUGAAUUCUGCAGGCCUCAGCCAUACCUGUCUGCUAUUAUCAAAGUCACGUCUGGCACCUUUGAAGAAGGUUACGAUACCAAGGCUUGAGCUGACGGCUGCGACACUCUCUGUGAGGCUGGAUGCAAUGAUCAAGAAGGAGUUUGACCUACCUUUGGAAGAAUCAGUUUUCUGGACUGAUAGCACAAUAGUGCUUCGAUACAUCUAUAAUGAACAGAAGCGUUUCCACACCUUUGUGGCAAACAGAGUAGCCGUCAUCCAGAACCAGUCAAGUUUUCAUCAGUGGCGUCAUGUGAAAAGCGGGUUAAACCCGGCAGAUGUUAUCACCAGAGGGCAAAUGGUAGAUGAGCUGCUGGCCAACCAGGAGUGGUUGAUUGGUCCUGAAUUCUUACGCCAAGAAGACAACAUGUGGCCAAGUUUACCGAUCUCGACAACUCUUGACGAUAAAGAUCCAGAAGUGAAGCUUGAGAAGGAGAUAGUCACCAUUUAUGCCACCCAACAUACAGACUCAGCUAACCCAACCGACAGAUUGAUGGCCAGACACUCCUCAUGGUAUGAGCUGAGAAGAAGUGUUGCAUGGAUCUUGCGAGUGACUGACAGUCUGCUAAGAAGAAUCAGAAAGCAACCAGCAAUACAAGACAUGAAGACGCUGACAACGAACGACCUAGCCAGGGCAGAGGCUGCCAUCGUAAGAUACAUUCAAGCCCAGUCCUUCCAGGAGGAGUUCAGCAGCUUGAAGAAGGGUGAAGAUAAGGCUCAGAAGCUUAGGUCUGAAAAGAAGAAGAAAGGUCAACUGUACAAGUUGGAUCCUAUCUUGACAGACGACAGCAUCAUCAGAGUUGGGGGACGGUUGCGGAAUGCCCCGGGAGAUACAUCAAACCAUCCACCCAUAUUGCCAAAAGACAACCAUGUAGUCUCUCUUAUCAUGAAGCACUACCAUCUGGAAUCUGGUCACUCGGGAAGAGAGUAUGUUCUGUCACUGAUACGACAAAAAUUCUGGGUCAUCAAGGCUAGAUCCAUUUUGCGCAAGGUUUUGAGCAGUUGCUUUGAAUGUAGGCGAAGGUCUGUAGUUCCAGUCCAGCAGAAGAUGGCAGACCUACCAUCUGACAGGGUUACCCCACACAGACCACCAUUCUCAUUUGUUGGAGUCGAUUGUUUUGGACCGUUUCUAGUGAAACAGGGUAGGAACCAGAUCAAACGGUACGGUUGCAUAUUCACGUGUCUUGCAUCUCGAGCGGUGCACAUAGAGGUUUUGCAUACACUGGAUACAGAUUCCUUCAUAAACGGCAUGCAGAGAUUUGUCUGUCGACGAGGACAACCGAUAGAGCUGAGGUCCGAUAAUGGCUCUAACUUCAUUGGAGCUGAGCGUGAGCUAAAGGAAGCUUGGAAAGGGUUGAGUCAAGAGAAGGUUGACAAGUUCCUUCUUAAGAAAGGAAUCCAGUGGAAGUUCAACCCCCCGAGCGCUUCCCACAUGGGGGGCGUCUGGGAAAGACAAAUUAGGUCGACACGCAGGCUGUUGAGUUCACUGAUGACAGAACAGGUAGUGAGCGAUGAAACCUUGUCGACUGUAAUGUGUCUAGUCGAAAGUAUCAUAAACAACAGGCCAAUUACCACCGUCUCAGACGACAUCAACGACUUGGAACCACUCACUCCAAAUCACCUGCUACUUCUUCGUGGUGCGCCACAUUCCCUUGGUGAAUUCGACAAAAAGGAUAUGUACUCGCGGAGAAGAUGGAAGCAAGCGCAAUACCUUGCUGAUGUAUUUUGGAGAAGAUGGAUCCGGGAAUAUCUCCCCUCACUGCAAAAAAGACAAAAAUGGCUUGAACCCCAAAGGAGCAUCAUGGUUGGCGACUUGGUACUUAUUGUUGACAAUGACCUCCCUAGAAACAAAUGGCUUCUUGGGCGUGUUCUUGAAACUUACCCAGGGAAGGAUCAGCUUGUAAGAGUGGUCAAAGUAAAAACCAAGUCAUCCAUUCUGACUAGGCCAGUUCAGAAGUUGUGCCUCUUAGAGUCAGUAAAUAAAGAGCAGUGAACCAUCUGGUAUUCAUCAGGGAUUUACAGCACGGAUUUACAGCUUAAAUCAAACCCUAACAUUCCAGCAUCAAGUUUCUUGUAAGGAUAUGUGUAUUUGUCCAUUGUAAUUUGAAUGGUGUUAUUGUUGGGAUUAUGUAAUCAUUUUUUCCGUGCUUAAAGGUAUAUAACAUUCGGUUUGUUGAAAUGGUCGCAUUUUGCUUAAUGAUAUAGUUAUGUAGUAAAUGCCUUAUUAAGUAUGUAAUGGCAUUUAAGGGGUCGGAAUGUUAAGUCAGAAUGCUCCUUUAUAGGUAAAUUUAUUGUUUGUUAUAUUUCAAUGAUAGAGGGCGCUGUUACAAUUGUACUGUAAUCUAGAACUUCCCGGUCACGCUUUGCAGUCGCCAUAUUUCGUGUUUCGUUUCCACGUCAUCCCAAAGUCGUAAGUGAAAUAUGCAUAACUUGUCAUUUGUAAUUCCUUUAUUUGGUUAUUAUAGACAUUCUUUGGGUUGUGGGAUAUGUUUAAGGCAUUUAUUUUGGGGAAAAAA